AUGUCACCUACCGGCAGCACUAUCAACUCAGGUACCGGCGGUGCGAACAGUAGCGACACCAACAACGGUAACAACGGUGGUGGUCAGAGCUCGCCGCUGCUCUUCUUUGUCGCCCUCGGCUUCGGCGUUGUCUUUACAAACCUUUGGAUUAUCGUCGGCGUUAAGUACUGCUUCCGAUACAAUGCUCGCAACCGUCAGAUGAGGAUGACUGGCGAGGAUGGAGAACCCAUCACCCUCGACAACAUGCCUCGCCCUCAUCGCCGCCGUCGGGAAAAGAAGCUGAUGACCAUGGAUGAGGUGAACGAAAAGUUCCCCAUGAUGAAGUACAAGAGCUGGGUGGCCAGCCGCGCAAGUGAGGGACUGCCGACGCAAGGUGGCGUGUCAGCAAUGCCCAGCAGGGCAAACAGUGUGCGGAGUGUCGACGGCGUUGUACCUGAAUUACCAUCGAAGGAAAGGGACUCCGUGGACCGACCAGCGACCAGCGCGACCUCCAAAGUACAGGAAAAGCCCGAGUUCAGACAUUUGGCGUCUGAUAGCACAUCAGGCACUAUCAAGGAUGUGCAUCAAUCUAUGGAUGAUAGACCUACGAGUCCUCCUGCAACAAAUGCCCCGGACACCGAACCUUUACCUCGUGUCAUCAGCCGCUCAUCGGGGGAGCACGACGAUGACGAUGACGAUGAGCACAUUAAUGCUGCGCUGCCACCGGAAUGUCUCGGCACUGCUGGAGACACCUGUGCUAUCUGCAUUGAUACUCUGGAGGAUGACGAUGACGUUCGCGGAUUGACCUGCGGUCACGCUUUCCAUGCUGUGUGCGUUGACCCUUGGUUGACGAGCCGAAGAGCAUGCUGCCCUCUCUGCAAAGCCGAUUACUACACUCCUAAGCCUCGCCCUGAAGGCCAGACUGACCCCAAUGCUCCCAUCACCAUCGCCAUUGUAGAGGGUGGCAGGAAUAGAAUGAACAUGCCCUCUAGACCUGGAGCUACCUGGAUUGGCAUUCGCGGCCACAGUCGCAUGAUGCGGUCCUCACGAAACGCCAAUAACGGAACCGACGAGGAGCGUCCCGCUGGUGUCGAUGACAACAGUGGAAGGCAAUUUGGUUUCUUCCACAGGCGACAGCAGCAAGCCGCCAAUCCAAACGGGGCUGCCCCCGAGAUUGUGCAACCUGAUCACGGAGGUUUCUUCUCUAAUUUGAGACAACAAUUCCCAGCUUUCCGGAGACCUCCGGCAACCACUCCGGCAACCACUCCGGCUCAACCGCACGUUGAGGGUGACGCACCUGUAGCCCCUGGGGCAACCGAGGAAGUUUCCCCCUCGCAGCUAGAGGCUGGAGUUCGACCGACAGAUGGUCGGUGA